UUUAAAAAGUGUUUCCCUCAUGUCCAGCACUUCACAAGGACUCCAGCAUCAGCUUUGGGACUCUGUUUGGGGCGAUCGCCUCCUCCAUCCAUUUGGGACAAUGAACACCUCAAGAAGAGUUUCCAAACUAACAAACCUCCAACCUCACAAACCCCCCAGCCAAAGUGUCGUUUAGGGAGGAAAUCUGGGCUGUCAAAUCUGGAAACAUUUCCCCUCCUCUCCUCUCCUGCUUGAGGAACCUGAGUGACGAGCGUGGGACGAGGAUGAACCCCACCGGAGGCAGCUGCAUGCGCAGCCCCCAGUCCCCAGCCCCACUCUGGGGGUGCCUGCGGGGUGCCGACGUCCCCACAGCCCCAGGGUUGGGUCACUGCCCCCCAGCCCCUUUCUCCUUCCACCCCAAGGUGGAUUUUGCUGCUUAUUCUGAAUUCUCAGCCUCCUGCUUGCUGAGCUCUGCCCACUGCGUCCCACCUGAGGAGCAGCCCCCAGCUUUCCGUCCUCACUCUGAGUGGCAGCAAGCAACAACAGAGGCCAGGAGACUGCUGAGCCCAGGGCUGGUGUUGGCCUCUGGGGACACAGAGAGCCCCAACGUCGUGAGCACAGCAGCGGGUGUAAGUGAAGAUUACGAGGUGCCAGUAAACAGCACGAUGGAGACAGAGAGAAAAGGAUCCAAAAGGAAAAAGGAGCACUCAGAAAGCCAGCCCUCCAGCAGCAAGGCAGAAGGCAGCAGCAGGUCGAGGAAGGAGAGGACAGCAUUCACCAAGGAGCAGCUGCGGGAGCUGGAGGCAGAAUUUGCCCAUCACAAUUACCUGACCAGGCUGAGGAGAUAUGAGAUCGCCGUGAACCUGGACCUCACUGAGAGACAGGUCAAAGUAUGGUUCCAGAACAGAAGGAUGAAGUGGAAGCGUGUUAAGGGUGGACAACCAGUGUCCCCCCCUGAGCCCGAUGCAGAGGACGCUGACUCCACCACAUCCCCCAGCUCUGAGUAGUGCCAUAAGGAGAUGCUUGGAGAGGGUGUGACACUGCAGAAGGACACUGCAGCCCCAUAUGGUGGCCCUGUGGGUCACGGACUGAGAAGUGCGCAGUGCUGGAGCUGGUAGAGGAAAAUGGAAAGCACAAAAUAAGGCAAAGGAGAGCAGGACUUUGAGCUUUGUGUGAAUGGGACUGUCUUACUGCCAUAGGGUUACCUUUAGAAGAAAAAAAAAUAAGAGAAAAAAAAAAAGAGAAAAACCACUGUAUAUAUAGCAGGAGUAAUGCUGUUCAGGCUCCCAAAUGCUUACCAAACGGCCCAUGCGUCAUUCCUAUCCUUCCAUUCUGGUUUGCUUCCAUAUAUGAUCUUCUCCACCUCUGAGAGUGUCCAUCUGAUUCCAGGACACUUUAAAGCCAUUCUCAAAGCUGAAAGAGUGUAUAAAAGCAGCUUUCUAGCAUAGGAUGACCACAGGACCCAGACCUGCACACUCCUUUUCUUGCACACUGGUUCUCUUUCAAUCCAAACCUGUAAUAUAAUUAAUGAUUAUGUUUUAGGAAAGCAUAGUGUCUGUUCCCAUAUCUUCUGUCUUUUUGUUUAAUGUGUUCUAAUGCAAUUUUACCAUAUUUUAACCAGAACUCUACACUGGCAUGUCAUAGAAUGGCUAUUAAACAUGAUUUUCAGUAUUCUCAUA